CAUCUUCAUUAUUAGAAGAAGACCUCUCUCUCUCUCUCUCCAACAUAAGGCGAAGGCUCUUCUCGUAUCUCGUAGUAGUUGAACCUUUCUUUCUUCGCUUUUGUUUGCAACACAAAGCAACGGGAGGUUGAGGUUGGGGAAGAGGCGAACGCAGGAUUAUUGUAUUGAUCCUCAAAUAGAAGUAUUCAUGGACAGAACCUCUGGUAAAAGAGGAGUGGGCGGGAGUGUGGCUCCAAGAAAAAGUUAUAGUGGAACAGCUUUUAAAGAAGCAGCAGCUCAAGGGGAUCAGAGUUCUCAAUUUUGUAACCGAACUGGAUGCAGCGGAAGAGUUAAGUUUGGCCAAAAUGCUGGAACUGGAGUCUCAGAUACUAGCAAAUAUUCCAAGUCUUCUUUUCGCUCUUCAAGUGGAAAUGAAGUUACUGGGAAGACCAAUGCAAAAAGGUCGUAUCUUGAUUCCAAGAGAAAAGUAACUCAAGUGACAUCUGAUCCAUCAGAGACUAGCCUAUCGACAGAGACAGAAACUCAAGAAAUUGUGUCUACACGAAGUAGUCUACGUGGAUAUCAGCCUGAACCAAUAGCCAAGUCUAAAGAGGUUAAUAUGACUGAGCCUGGGAGUUCUAGUGCAUCAACUAGUGUUGGUUCUCAAAAUAUGUUUCGUAGCAAAUCUAGAUUGCGCAACCGAAGUAAUUCACCAGCUUCAUCUGUUCCGUCAACCUCUAGAAGCUCUGCACAAGGACCAUUUAACAGGACCAAUGGGAGCAGGUAUGGUUUGCAGAAUCUGAGAUGCAAUUCUAUAUCAGAUGCUAUACCACCUAGUUGUUCGCAACCAGAAUCAGCAUCUGUAAGAAAAAACUUUAUUAAAAAGAGAAGUUCAGAAGGAGAAACCAGUUCGUCUUCUAGGGGGAGAAACAAUACAGCCUCAUCAAACGCAGAUAUGCAUACUUCCCCAACAACCAGUGGUAUCUCCGUCUCUGAUUCAGCACAUAGUGCUUCUGCUUCUGUAGAGGAUAGCAGUGGGUCUAGUUCUACUUGGAACCGGAGAUCAAUGCAUGUAAAUGCUAGAAUGAGGUUUUCCAGCCGACAAGAAGGAAGAAAUGGCUCAUCUGUUAGGGAACCUGCUGCGAGUUUCUCUAGAAAUGAUUAUGAGACACCUUUUGAUGUUGGUGAUGGGAAUACCUCUCAGCAGUUUUCAGUAAGCGGCUCAAGAUCUCACCGUGAUAAUUCAUCGUCAAGAACGUCUUUUGCUUCUGCUGAAUCUGGAUUGUCACAUUUAUUGAAUCAUGAUGUAUUGCACCGGUUUAACAUGGAUGGGAUUGCUGAGGUUUUAAUGGCUCUUGAAAGAAUCGAACAGGACGAAGACUGGACAGAUGAGCAAAUACUCGCAUUGGAGACCAGAUUGUUCCUCAGCAGCCUCAACCUCUACGACCAACACAGGGACAUGAGACUGGAUAUUGAUAACAUGUCGUAUGAGGAAUUAUUAGCUCUGGAAGAAAGGAUGGGCACAGUGAGCACAGCUCUCUCAGAAGAAGCAUUGUCAAAGUGCCUGACAAGAAGUGUAUAUGAAGCAACCACAUCAAAAGUAGAAUCCACGGAAUCAGCUGAUGACAUCAAAUGCAGUAUUUGCCAGGAUGAGUAUGUCCCUGGAGACGAGAUUGGGACCUUGGUCGAAUGCCAGCAUGGAUAUCAUGAAACGUGCAUAAACCAGUGGUUGCAGGUGAAGAACUGGUGCCCCAUCUGCAAGGCCUCAGCAGCACAAUCACAACCGUCUCCAUCGUUGUGAAAGUGCCUCGUUUAUACAUAGACGAUAGAACCGAUUGUGGAUUGUCAUCGCAUGUUCAUUGUUGUGAAAAAUUUCCCUCACAUAUCAAGCACAUUUUGUGAUUUUGUUUAUUCUUGUGGUUUUGAUUUCCUUCAUGUAAAUAUAUCAGUUUGGCGAAAAUGUUGACACUCCAGUGUAAACUGUGAGAACUGAAUAUGAAAAUUUAUUGGGAUUUUAUUUAC